CUAUCUGUUGUCAAGUCAAUGUUGUCAAAAUGGCGAAUCGAACCGUAAAAGACGCGAAAUCUAUUCGCGGCACAAAUCCUCAAUAUUUAGUGGAAAAAAUAAUCAGAUCUCGCAUUUACGAUUCCAAAUAUUGGAAAGAAGAAUGUUUUGCUUUAACUGCCGAAUUAUUAGUGGACAAAGCCAUGGAGUUACGCUAUAUCGGUGGAGUGCACGGAGGAUUCAUUUAUCCCACACCGUUUUUGUGUUUAGUGCUGAAAAUGUUACAAAUACAACCUGAAAAAGAUAUUGUGGUUGAAUUUAUAAAGAAUGAGGAGUUCAAAUAUGUUCGUGCAUUGGGAGCAUUCUAUAUGAGACUCACAGGUUCGUCUUUGGAUUGUUACAAAUAUUUGGAACCCCUUUACAAUGAUAACAGAAAGUUGCGGCGACAAAAUCGCGAAGGGCAGUUUGAAAUAGUUCACAUGGACGAGUUCAUAGACGAGCUUCUUCGAGAAGAACGUCUCUGUGACGUAAUUUUGCCGCGAAUACAGAAGAGGCAUAUUCUUGAAGAAAAUAAUGAAUUGGAACCGAAAGUAUCGGCACUGGAUGACGAUUUGGAUGAAGAUAUGCCUUCGGAUGAGGAUAACGCAGAUGGUGAAGCCAAAGAAAAUAAAAGAGAUAAAGAUAGACGGGACAGAGAUAGGAAGCGAGACAGGUCACAUGAUCGCGAUCGCCGAGACAAAGACCGAAAAAGAGAACGCUCCAGAAGCAGAGAACGUGAAAGACGAAGAGAGAGAGAAAGGGAGAGGGAACGCGAGAGAGAAAGGGAUAGAGAGCGUAUACGUGAACGUGAGAGGGAGAGGGAAAAGGAAAGAAGAGAGCGACAUGAAGUGGAUAGACGAAGGGAUAGAGGGAGAUAUUAGAUUAUUAAGAAUAAAAUAUUUUUUAAGGA